AUGCAAACUUUGGGGAGGAAAUUGAAAGUGUCAAACUCCCAGCUACUUAGAAAGGAGCAAUGGAUAUUAUUCCUCAAUGAACGGAAGAAAAAGUGUCCAUCAGCCAAUAUCUGUAUUGUCACUGAUGUGAAUACAUCCAAUGAGGUGGCAUUAACAAAUGCUCCUGGAUAUAUAGGGGAGGGCACUAGUGUACUCACAAUUAAUAAAAAACUUACAUUGUGCCAGAUUCUGGGUGAGUUUAAUACACUGGAGUCACCCGUGUGCCUGUCUAAAAAAUUUGAGGCUAUUGUACAGAAAUACACUUUGAGUGAUAAAGAUGCAUGCUCUCUUCUAAAGGCUUGGGUACCAGCACCUCUAGCAGCCCAGGUAUCUGCAUAUGAGAAUGAUAACUUAGAUGCAGAGGGAAGGAUGAAAGAACUGCAGCGUGUGUUAAAGAGUCGUGAUGAUAGAGGGAUAAAUGCGUUACAAAGAAUGAUAUUUAGAAGAGGAGAUGACCCUAUAUUGUUCUGUAACCAAUAUCUUUCACUGUACAAACGUGUGUAUAACUGUCCUGGUAUGUCUGCUGAUGAUUCAAGCUUCAUAUACUCAAUGGCCAAUAUAUGUUAUGUGAACUAUCCUAAUAGGAUUGCCCUCAGAAAUGCCAAUUCAUACCAGAGCUUUAUCAAUACACUUAGAGACUGGUGUGAAGAAUCCAGUGAUGGCUAUAGAUCAGAUGCAGAUAUAUCAGUAGUGAACAGAGGUCCAAGAAGGAAGAAAUUCAUCAGGUGUUACAAAUGUCACAGACCAGGGCACAUUCAGAGAUUUUGUAGAACCCCCGAUAUUUCCAGCCUGAUACUGGAUGAUAAAAGUAUAUCCACCCAGGACAAGGAAAGCAUACCACAGGAGCCUGAUGUAAUGGAUAACAGCCUUGGGGCGUCAGGAAAUGCUGAGGGGCAAAAGGAGGAGAUUUCAGCUAACAAUGGCCCCAGCCCUCCGAAUAGCCAACAGCCAUGGGGGACGAGCAUACCAAUGUUUGCACCCUGGGCUAAUCUUCCAUUUUGGCUGGUAUGCAGUUGGUCCCAAAUAGCAUUACCAUUUUUCAUAACAAAUAUGGCAAACUUUGUGAGCAAUGCCUGCUUAGUUUAGGAAGAAUAUGGGACUUAUAUUCUAGCCGUACAGAUAACAGGACAAGGCUUAGAGAAUAAGGAUUUGACUAUAAUGAUAAUUGUGUGUAAUAAUUGUCUUUGUGUUUCUUUUUCAGGAGCCACUAAAGGCAGCUUAGUCAAGCUGGCCAAACACUAAUGUUUUUGUUUUGUUCACAGGUUUUAGGUGGAGUGGUCCUGACUACAUUUAGUUAAGCAUUAGUUAGAUCAAUUUAAAAAGGUCUUCAUAGUCACCACGUGGUAUUAUGAGCUCAAUAAUUAGUAAUUGUUUGCAAACAAUUAAAUAACAGUCGGGCAUUUGUUGGUUAAAACAGUCAUGUAUACUGUACCUUUGUGAUGUGAAUGUAUUUUUUGUCCCCCCCCCCCCCCCAUGACCUUUUGUGUUUUAGGUGUAAAUAGCAUUUGCUCUUUCAAUGGACCUCACAGGAAGAUGUCUUUGUUCACACACCAGAACAAAAGUUGAGUUGGGAAUUGGUGGUAGUAUCUGUCUGUCUGUCUGUGUGCGAUGUGUUAAGGGCC